AUGGCACCCCGGGUUCAGACCCGUGUGUCCAACUCCCUCCUCCCCUACCUCACAUCUACCUCUUCUAUCUCGUCUCUCCCUUCAUCCUCCUCAUCACAAUGCUUUUCUCGCCAAUUCUCCGUCACGGCAGCACCACAGACCAAGCUCCGUCGGCAAAUGUUUGAAUGGCUCAGCACCGAAGGUGCUGAACUGAAACACCACAUCCCUGGAGAAACCAACUAUGUGACUCGCAUAAAAGAUGGCCCAAUGUCAGCAACACGACCAUUCCCCAAUAACCCGAACUUUGUCAGCGAAUCAAUCCUCAGCGAGGAACUGCGCAAUGAGGUCUAUAAUCGUGUCGUCGAGGAGAAGAAGAGUGUCCGUGCUGUCAGUAUGGACCUUGGAAUCGAUAUGAAGCGAAUUGCUGCUGUGGUCAGAUUGGUUGAGCUUGAAAAGAGGCAACGAGAACAGGGUAAACACCUUGCACUACCAUAUGCCCGGGCUAUCCAUGAGAUGGUCCCAACUACCCCUCUUGCCGAAGCAGGCGAGCGCCAAACAUACCACGAACCUAUCAACGACCUUCCCGCCCACCCCUUAACAGGAGCUCAAAUCUUCUACCCCGUUUCCGAAUCCCGUCCCUUCAACCGUGUUGAAGCCGGUCGUGUCUUCUCAUCUGCACCAGCUCUGGAGCAACACGAAGCCGCCGAGAUCUCACACCCAUCUGACCUAGCCGAAAAGGUCAUUGAGAACCCCAAGAUCAUCGGCUGGGUCGGCAAGGGCAAAAACGCUCGUGAGAUCCUUCAGCCCGCUGAUGUCCGUAUUCCCCACCCGCACAUGGUCGCCCUGGAGCGCGACCGCAUGGCUCACCCCAAUGAGCGUCGCGCCGUCGCCGAGCGCCAGACCCAGCGUCUCGAGCGCCAAGACGCCGCUGAGCAGCAGCGCCGUGACCGCGCCCAGGCCCGUCGCGAGAAGAAGCUGCAGACCUUCACCCCUGAGAAGUCUCGCUUCGAGUACCGCAUCCGGGAGACCACAUACACCGAGCAGACUACCGGAUCUGAUGGUCGUGCGCCUUGGGCUGCUGGUCGCCGGUACGGUGUCCCCCACCGUGACCGCACCCGUGGUGAAGUCAAGAUCCCCACUCGCGUGGAGGCUUGA